AUGGAUGCAACAACAGCUUUAGCUGCCACAACCACCCUCUCAAAAUCUUUAACUGUGGCACCAAUGUCAACAAUAACUGAUGCAGAAACGGCAACUCGAUCUGAUACCACAACAACUAUAGAUGCAACAACAACUUUGGCUUCCACAAUCAUUUUUAAAACAUCCUCAACUGUAGUGCCAACAACAGCAACUGAUGCAUCAACCACAACUCUGCCUGACACCACAACAACUUCUGAUGCAACAAUAACUUUGGCUUCCACAACCACCCCUCAAUCAUCAACAACUGAUGCAGAAACCAAAGCUCUGACUGACACCACAAAAACAAUUUAUGCAACAACAACAAAUAAUGGAUCAACCACAGCUAUACCUGACACCACAACAACUAUUGAUGCAACUACAACUUUGGCAUUCACAAACACUGGUUUAACAUCUUCAAGUAUUGCACCAACAUCAACAACUGAUGCAGCAACCACAACCCUGUCUGACACCACAAAAACUAUUGAACCAACAACUUUGGCUUCCACAACCACCCCUCCAACAUCCUCAACCUUAGCACCAACAUCAACAACUGAUGCAGCAACCACAACCCUGUCUGACACCACAAAAACUAUUGAACCAACAACUUUGGCUUCCACAACCACCCCUCCAACAUCCUCAACCUUAGCACCAGCGUCAACAACUGAUGCAUCAACCACAACUCUGUCUGACAACACAACAAGUAUUGAUGCAAUAACAACUUUGGCUUCAACAACCACGCCUCCAAAAUCAACAACUGACGCAGCAACCAUAAACAUGCAUUUCUUCACAAAAACUAUUGAUGCAACAACAAUUUUGGCUUCCACAACCAUGCCUUCAACAUCCUCAACCGCAGCAUCAACAUUGACAACUGAUGCAGCAACAACAACUUUGACUGACACCAGAACAAUUAUUGACUCAACAAAUUUGGCUUCCACAAAUACUCGUCCAACAUCCUUGUCUGUAGCUCAAAUGUCAACUACAACUGGUGCAUCAACCACAACUCUGUCUGACACCACAACAACUACUAAUGCUACAACAACUUUGGCAUCAACAACCACCCCUCCAACGUCAACAACUGAUGCUGCAACUACAACUAUGCCUGACACCACAAUGAGUAUUGAUGCAACAACAAAUUUGGCUUCCACAAACACUCCUCCAAAAUCCUCAACUGCAGUACCAAUGACAACAACUGAUGCACCAACCACUACUAUGCCUGACACCACAACAGCUUAUGCCUUACACAACAACACCUACUGA